UUAAUGGGUGUGGGCUUGCUUUGUGUACCUAACUGGAAUGAAAGUUAAAGGUGUAGCCAGAGUAGAGUAUAAGAGGGAGGGGUGAAGUGGAGGUACAGCCAGAGGGAGAGUCAAAAGAGGGUGGAACUGACAGAGGGGGCGAGGUUGUCAGGGAAAAAGGAAAUGAAGUAGUAAGCAAGAUUGUGCCUGCAACAUAGAUCCAGUCUCUCAGAGUACAGCUGACAUUAAAUGAAGACAGACAUGGUUGAAGACAAACUGGAGGAGAGAACAAGGAGCAAGUGAGGAAAACAACAAGCCAUCAGCAGCCAGUCUUGGCCACCUUAUCUUUUUCCAUCUAUUUACGGAAAUCACUGGAUAAUUUAUAAGCCUCUCCCUCUCGCUCUGUGUGAGAGUGUGUGCGAGAGAGAGGGGGGAUUUGCUGAGCUCACCACCACCAUGCUGUGUCCUGCUGCUGUCAGUGCAGCUGCUGCGGCUGUCUGGCUGCUGGCAGUGCUGGGCCCAGGCCUGUCUCUUCCAGAUGAGGACAACUCAGACCCAGGCUUCAGUCUCUGCAGCCACUGCUUCUACAGACAGAUGCCUCCUCGGGGAGCCUCUGCAGGACCACCGCUGAGCCUACAAUGCCACACACUGCCCGGGGGACAGGCGUUUGCCACUCUGUCCAAACCGACCUGUGACACAGCUGUCUACUCUGCCUUCCAUCUUAGCCAUGGAUGGACGGAGAGAGGGGAGGAGGCGGAGGAGGAGGAGGAGGGUCAGCUUGUGACAGAGGAAGAAGACCAUAUUAAAGUGGCAGGACCAGCCCUUCUCAGAGGAGGCAGCGAUCCAUCUAAUCCUGCCUCGCCAACAGCCUCCCUGCUUCAAAACUGGGACUCAGCAGUCACAACACUGGUCCAGUCAAGCAUCAUUCCCCAGUGCAACACUUCAGGGGGUGAUCUCUACAUCCUGACCGGGGUGGGAGGUCUUGGGGCUGCUGAGGAUGGAGACGAGGAGUGUCAGACAAAGCCGCUGUGGUCUGCAAUGUGCUGUGUUGUCCCUGAGGGGAACGGUGGCUUCAGUGUGGGGUUAAUCAGAGAGGCAGAAGAAGGGGAGAGGCAAGUGAGCGUGAAGGAGCUAGAGGAGAUGCUUGGAGUGGCAGAGCUGUUCUCAGGAGGCUGCGGAGGAGCAGAUGGAGUGACUGCUGGAAUCAUAGCAGGCCUUCACAGUGAGGGGCUCCCUGGAAAUAUAGAAAACGCAGAUGCGGAUCUUACUGGAGCUAAUGAUGACGAUUCAAACGCUGAAAGAGAAGAGGUUGGUUCAGAUACCACCAGGCAAGAUUCAAAUGAUGACACUAAGGAAACCAGAGAGGCAGUGAUUGCUGGAGAACAGGUGGCUGGUGUUGAAUCUCAGCCAGAGGAAGCUGAUGAUGCAGACGUCACACAAGAAAGUUCAGCAGAUGCAGCGACUUCAGAGGGUAGCAGUGAAGGGCAGCAUAAUGUGAUGCAUUCAAGAACUGUCAGAUCAGGGCCCUCUGAGUCCUCAGCUGAAUAUGAAGCUGUGGAUGAACAAGAGACAGACACAAACUCCAGCAACACUCUGGUCUUCCUCCUUUCCACCACUAUGUCCAUCCUCAAAGCUCCGCUGCAGCCUGUGUUCUCCACAAUCACACAGUUACCUGGACAGGUGACAUACGUUCUUCAGGAAGACCUUGGAGUUCUGUUGGCCCUUCCUGGAGAUACUUUCUCCCUGCUCCACCUCUUGACCUCAGACCUCCUGUCCUGGAUGGGCUCUGCUGCAGAAAUGAUACUAGGUAUUGGGGAAACCUGCUGCUUCAGUGUCUACUACUGCACCUCCUCCAUGUUGGAGGCUCUCCUGAACAGCUGCCACACUGGAGUCACCGGCAUGGGGACUCUGGCUGGAGAUACAGUAGGGAUAUUUGGUGAUGUGUUAGAUAAUGGUUGGUGGGUGACCAAGUUCUUUGGAGGGCGGCUUUGGGAGCAGAGUGAGGGGUAUGUAGAAACAGUGGUUUCAGAGAUGGGGGGUCAGGCGAAGGCUGUGGGUGGUGGGUUGGGGAGUCUGGCUUGGAGUGGUGGAAACGGGGUGGGUAACGUGUUUAGGCUUGGAGGUGGUUUGAUUAUGGGGUUGGUGGAUACAGUCGUCGUUGCAGUGAGAGAGGGUUUUGGGGAGGAGUCAGAAUAAAAAAAACACUUGACGUGAUUAGUAACAAACUUGUUUAGGUUUGUAAAUUUCUUCAGCACAUACGAGUGUGAAAAAAGGGGGAACUUCUUCAAUUUGAUGUCAUUUGAUAUGCCUUAGUUGUUACAGAAGGAUUGUCACUAAAUCAAAUUUAGUGAAUCACAAAUUUCUUCCACUGUAGCUCCUGCACUUCACUGUGGCUGCCUGUCUAAAUAAUCUGCUGUAUUUGAGAGCUGGGAUAAGUGGCACCAACUGUGAUUUAAAAAAAACAAAAACACUGUGCACAAGGCUUUUGGAUGUAAUUAUUAAAAUAAUUCUUGUAUGAUAUUCGUUAUGAUAAAUGUUUGCUUACGUGUACAUUUGAAUAAAAGAGAAUGCUGGCUUAUUGUACUUUGUAUAUGCUUUGUAUGUGGAAAAUCUUCAUCCAUCAAGACAACAAACACAAGGCUAAAAAAUGGGUACAACAUACUACUGUACAAUUUAGACAUUGAUUUGCUUCUACUUUCUAUUCCUACAUUUCAGAAGGAAAUAUU